AUGCGCCUACUCUACCUAUACACAAUUACUACGCGGCGCUCAUCCUCCCUCUUCAAGCACUCUCUUGGUAGCGCCGCCGUCGAGCUUAAACACCACUUUAAGAGCUGUCUUGCUUUCUUUUCCGCAGGAGUGAACUACAAUCUUUUCAUUGCCGGUAGCUGCAUGCAUGCAGUACAUCUCACUUUCACCAAACGCAGCCAGAUCGACGCACCCAAAGGAAAAUCUUCUUCCAAACACUCCUACGGUGAUUUGGGAUGGAGUGGCGCGUUCGAGAUGCUCAUCAACUUACGUGGAAUGGGGAUGAAGUGGGGAAUGCCAUCUUCGAAAUUGCCCGCAGUAUAUAAACACUUCAUUUCGGAAACGCUGCUUGAAAUGCUCAAACAUCACGUCAUAUAUCUCACUGCAAUGGCCGCUCUGACUCGCUUGAGUCAAUACAAUGCCAGUGAUGUGAUUGGGCGCGAUGUUGCGAUGACUUUCUCUUUGUGGUGCAUUGCAUGGUCUAGUCUCACUUUGAUGUAUAGCAUGAUCACCCUAUGCGUCUACAUCACCACUAAGCUUUGCGGAAAGCCCUUCGACAAAAACAGGUGGCCGCCCAUGUUUGGAAAUCCUAUCGCCGCUGACAGUGUACGUACGUUCUGGAACAAUAAGUGGCAGUGCAUGUAUAGGCGUCACUUCAUGAUUUGUGGAUACGAACCAGUUUUCAAUUUGAUUAAGGCUUUGCGCAUACCUGGAGACAUACCACACUAUUGCGGCCUCAUAGGGGCCUUCACCGUUAGCGGUAUCCUUCAUGAGUACUGUGCAAGAUCAACUUCGCGUACAUUAUUCAUAGAAGAAUUCCCUGCUUUCAAAGUAUUUAUAAUCCACGCGUUGGUCAUCAUUCUCGAAAACGAGUUAUACAAAUUCACUGGUCGCAAAGUCAGCGGCAUCUUUGGCAGCUUAUGGACCUUUGCGAUAGUUAUAUUCAUCUCAAACCCUAUGUGCAGAUUUAAUCUCCAGGGACUUGGCCCAAUGCCGGACUUUGCGGAGUGGGACACAUGGAGGUGGUUUGUACCUCUAUCAGUAUAA